AUGCGUCACAACCUAAUUCGAUCCGGCCUUGGGGCUGGAGUUUUCCUUGCUUCUCUUGCCAGCGCCAACCCUAUUCACUCGCUGGAAACACGAUCAGACCAUAAGGGCUGCGGCACUCAUGGUCCUGGAAACCGGGCUUGCUGGAAAGGAAAGUACAGCAUCGACACCGACUAUGAAGUCGAGGUGCCGUCCACCGGGAAGACCAGAGUGUACGACCUUUACAUCACCAACCACACCGACUUCGCACCGGACGGCGUUUCCAGGCCGGCCAUGUUGAUCAACGGACAAUUCCCGGGGCCGACCAUCGAGGCUGACUGGGGUGAUUUUGUCAAGAUCAAUGUUCACAACCAGCUGACUGAUAACGGUACCUCUAUCCACUGGCAUGGCAUGCACCAACGGAACACCAACGAUAUGGACGGUGCCAACGGUAUCACGGAGUGCCCCAUCGCACCCGGCCACAGCAAGACGUACUCUUACCAGAUGAUCCAGUACGGAACUUCUUGGUACCACAGUCAUUUCUCGGCCCAAUACGGCAACGGCGUUGUCGGCGCCAUGCAAAUUAAUGGCCCGGCCUCCGCCGACUACGAUAUUGAUCUCGGCCCCUUCACUAUCACCGACUGGUAUUACGACACGGCCGACCGUCUUGAGCGUGGUGCGGAAUCUGGACCUCCGCCAGACAGCAACAAUGUGCUCUUCAACGGCAAGCACGUUAACACCCACGGUGGCGGCGAGUACCUAAAGACGAAGCUUACGCCUGGCAAGAAGCAUCGUCUCAGGCUGAUCAACACCUCCGUCGACAACACGUUUACCGUCUCUCUUGUGGGUCACAGCUUUACCGUCAUUGCCAACGACCUUGUACCCGUCAAACCCGUCAAAAAGGAUAGCCUCUUCUUGUCUGUUGGCCAGCGCUAUGAUGUGAUCAUCGAAGCCAACCAAGAAGUUUCUAACUACUGGUUCAAUGCGACUCUCAGCAGCACCGGGCUCUGCGGAACUUCUGAUGUCGCAUUGCCUGCCUCCAUUUUCACCUAUGAUGGUGCUCCUGACGGGAUCCCCUCCGAGCAAGGAAUUCCCAUUGAGGCUGGCUGCGAAGAUACCUUGGGCUUUACCCCAGUACUCCCAAGGAACGCUCCCGCAUCUGAGUUCACGCCAAACAAGAAGAUUCUCGACGUCAACCUCACCCAGCCUGUCAUCCACGGCGAGAAGGUCUUCCGCUGGACUGUCAACGGCUCUUCAAUUGACAUCGAAUGGGACAAGCCGACACUCUCUUACGUUGCCGAAGGAAACGACACCUUUUCGUCUCGCGCGAAUGUCAUCGAUCUCCCCGCCGCCAACACCUGGACAUGGUGGGUGAUUGAAAAUGAACAUUUCCUGCCGCACCCCAUUCAUCUUCACGGUCACGACUUCUUGCUUCUUGGCACAGGCAAAGGCAAGUUCGCGGACAGCCAGGGCCCGCCCGCAACGAAUGGCACAGGCCCGUAUGCGAAUGCUUCUCACCCCGGCCUCAACUUCAAGAACCCCAUCCGCAGGGACGUCGCGCAGCUCCCCGCUAGCGGGUGGAUGGUGAUCGCCUUCAAGACCGACAACCCGGGUGCGUGGCUCAUGCAUUGCCACAUCGCCUGGCAUGUUAGCAUGGGUCUCAGCGUGCAGUUCCUCGAGCGCAAGGAGGAAAUUGCCCACAAGAUGAACCUCGAGGAGCUCCAACCCACCUGCAACGCCUGGAAGGAAUACUACCCCAAGGCGUUCUACCCCAAGCACGACUCUGGAUUGUAA